AUGCUGCCCGUUUUAUUGCUUGUAUUAGUAGUAAAAUGUCAACAAAUAAAAAGCUCAAAUGAAGGUGUAAAAGAUGUGCCAUGGAAAGGAAUAACACCAGGAUAUCAGGAACGAUACAAAGAUUCUGAACGAAGAAAUAUUGAUGACGUGGUACUUGUUAGACCAGAUAUAUUACGACUUAACACUGAAGAUAAAUAUAAAGAGAAUACUAAAAAUGUUGAUGAUAAAGAGAAAAGUUUUAUUUCCUCAGUAGAUAAUAAUAAAGAUGGACAUAAGAAUCUUGAUAAUAGAAAGAGCUUUAAUGAAGCAAAUAGAUUUUUGAAUUCAAACUAUCCGGUCGCAAUAAAUGUGUUUCCGUUUUCUGAUCCUCAAAAAGGAUUUAAAUCGGUAGAUCAAUCUAAACUCAAGGGAUUCAGACCUCCAAGAACAAAACGUACCAAACGUCCAAAGCCAAUUACCAAAAGGAGAAAACCAAAAACAACGACGGAGAAGACAUAUGUAUACGUAACGGUGUCUAUCGAUGCUGAAUUUAAUCCCGGUAAUAAACCACCUCCCAGUUUUGAAGAUGAUGAUGAUGAUGAUGAUGAAGAAGUUCUAUUGGUUAAGAGGUUAUCGGAUCCUGGGGUGUUUAAUAUUUUUAACUUUAAAUAA